CUUAGAGCAGAAGGCACCAAAGUUCAUGUGAAAAUGGCUUCGCUUUCCCCGGGAAGCACUUUGAGUUCAUGAGCUCUGUGGUCAUGUUCUUGCUUUGGCAGCUGCCUGGGGACAGCGGCGUCCACCUUUCAGACCCAGUCCCACCAUCUUCUGCAGGGCUGUAUUUUGAGUCUGAACAGGUUUCUUCCAUGUCCAAUUAUUUUCAAGCCCGAGAAUUUUCCAGUUGUGUUUCUUGUGAAGAAAAUACAAGCUGCCUCGACCAGGUCUUUGAUUCCUACCUUCAGACAGAGACACACCUGGACCCUUCGCUCAGUUCCACGCAGAGCACUCCACACUAUUUCCCUGACAGCUUCCAAGCUGCCCCUUUCUGCUUUAACCAGAGCCUGACCCCAGGAUCGCCUUCGGAUUCCUCCACUCUGUCGGGUUCCUUAGACUACAGUUACUCGCUGGCUCAGCUACCUUCGUGUGCUCCGGAGAGUUACAAUUCUCCCCCUUCUCUGGACACCAGAAACUGUGGCCAUCCCUCAGAAGACUACUCCUACUCGCACUUGCCCUCAUACACCCAGUACGACUGCUUCUCCUCAGCCAGCACCUCAGUCUGCUACUGUGCAUCGUGUGAGGAAGAACACUUGGACACCCUCAGAGCAGCGGAGUAUUUCUCCUAUCCGGGCACAGACUAUGUGAACUUUGCCCCCUCAGCCGCCACGGCCAGCGAGUUCUUUAAGAGGGGAACAGACUGGGACAUCUGCUAUAGUUAAUGGCAAUUACAUUAAUUUGGAACAUGGCGUGAAUAUCUCUGUCUUUCGGCCACACCAAAUGACAACUCGAAAUAUGCAGCCUGUUAACAAAACAUCACAAAGCCCGGUUCCUGUGUCGAAUUUCCGAUGUUCUGAUGCUCGCUUAGGCAUUAAUAUGAAGUCCUCAGACCUGGUCAUUGUGCCACUCCUACUUUGUAUGCUCACAGUUAAAACUGUCGUAGGGAAUGUUCAGUUGUUUUACUUUUCUAUGUAAGGAACAAAUUCUAAUUUUUUUAACUAAUAAAUUUUGUAUUAUUAAA